GCAACUAUUCACAUCCCACCCUUUUAUUCCCUCUUUUGGCAGUCGAUCACUCCUUCCUUCUGCUCCUUUCUACGCUUUCCUUGUGAAUAUCUCUCUCGCUGCCUGAGUGGCCCGUCAUAAUUAUUCCGCCUGCCGGUCAAAUUAUUUGUGACCUUCUUCUCUCCUCCACCCACCACUUCCACUUCUUCACCCACACAACAACCCAUCUACGAGAAUACCUCACUUCUCGGAACCCAGGCAAUCGAAAUCACCAACGAACCCCUUCAGUCAAUCAAACCACUCACUACCGACAUUCACAAUGGCUGGUGAAAACGGAGAUGCGCGCCGCAAGGGAGGCGAGUACUCGACCAACCCCAACACCCAGCGCACUCGAACCUACCUCGCCAACCAGACUCCUGAGCAGAGAGCCCUCAAGUCCAAGGUCUUCUCCGAGUACCGUGCCUUCCGCACCACCUGCAUCAAGCGCGCCAGCAUGUCCGACUACAUCUACGAGCGCGACCGUGAUGCCAAGGUCAAGAUGCUGUCUGACGCCCUCAACAAGCUUGUUGCGAACCGCACUGCCCGCAACAUCGAGUACAUGGGCCAGUCUGUCAAGCGCUUCGCCGAGCGCUACCAUGACAAGGCGUUCCUUCGGAGCGUUGAGCAGGCCAAUGCCUCGCCUGCCUCUGCUCAGAAGAGCACCACCGGCACCACCAACUCUGGCCAGCAGGGCUCUGAGGAGGAGAGCGCCAACAAUGGCGGCACUGUGGCCGCUGACAUCUCGGAGGAGUUGGCCACCAUCAGCCAGCUUCUCGACAUGCAGGCCAGAGCCAGCAUGGAGACCUACAACGGUCUGACUGACAUCAUGCGCGGCCUCGGCUUCUAAGGAAGCAUUACAUACAUGUACACUGGGAACACUUGACACUCUUGGGGUUGGACUGUCUUCUCUUCUUGGCGGGUCUUCUUGAGCUUUCUGUUUUUUUCGGGUUCCGGCUUGGGAUAGACGAAGGGUUUAGGGAGGAGUGCUGGAUGGAGAAAACCCCGGUGGACUACAUGGGACGGCUUGGAAUCGCGACACCAGAC